AUGCCACCAAUUGCUGUUUUUCUGUCCUACUAUCGGCCAUGGGCUGCCGUCGCCAUUGCUGUAGCUGUUUACUGCCAAGUAAUUGUUGAUCAGAACUACUCUGUUAAAAAUGCACCGUUUUAUUUGGGAAAGUAUCUGCUUGGCUUUUUGAGUGUCUGGGCUGUCUACACGGUUUUCCUGUAUCCUGCCCUGCUGAGUCCGCUGAGACAUUUGCCUCAACCAAAGCCCGGUAGUUUUAUUAACGGCCAUUGGGCCGAAUCUGUCCGUGAGCCUGCCGGUUUACCAUUCAGACAUUGGAUGAGGACCAUUGAGAACAAUGGGCUCAUUAGAUACAAACACCUCUUCAAUCAAGAGAGAAUUCUUGUCACUAGCCCAGAAGGGUUGAAGGAAGUCCUGGGCCAGAACAGCUAUGACUAUGUAAAGCCUCAUCUACUCCGAGCCAUGGUCGGCAAGAUCUUGGGUUAUGGAUUGCUCCUCUCUGAAGGAGAUGUGCACAAGAUGCAAAGAAAGAAUCUCAUGCCGGCAUUCAGCUUCCGCCACAUCAAGGAACUCUACCCAGUCUUCUGGUCCAAGGCCCAAGAGCUUGUCCACGGGAUCGAAAAAGAAAUGUCAGAAGCUCCAGGUUCUCAGAUCGACAUUGCAGACUGGGCAAGUCGUGCUUCUCUCGACAUUAUUGGUUCCGCAGGCAUGGGUCACGAGUUCAAGUCCCUUUCUGACCCCAGUAUUGAGGACACCAUGAAGAUGUACGGAUCAAUGGUGAAGCAGAGUGGCGGAGCUAAGCUCUUGACUGUCCUGCAGCUUGUUCUACCCUCCAUGAUUACGGAUUAUCUUCCAUUUCAGAGGAACAUGGGCGUUUUGGCCGCGUCAAAAGCUGCGAGAGAUACUUCGCAGAGGCUCAUCAAUGCGAAAAAGGUGCAGAUGGCUGCCAAAGAGAAGUUAUCGCCUGAUAUCAUCUCUACAGCUCUCGAGUCUGGCCAUUUCACGGAUGAGGGUCUUGUUGAUACUAUGAUGACCUUUUUGGCUGCUGGGCACGAAACAAGUGCUGCGGCACUGACUUGGACGAUUUUCCUGCUUGCCAAAAACCACGGUAUUCAGGACCGUCUACGGGAAGAAAUUCGUCAAAACGUCGAUGGUUUGGCUGAUAGCGUUGACUCUAAAAAGCUUGACGGACUUUCUUAUCUCCAUGCUGUCUGUCAAGAAUCUUUACGCCUGUACGCCCCCAUUCCCUUCACGGUGCGCGACUCUCUCAAGGACACGACCAUACUGGGCACAUUUGUCCCGAAGGGAACAAUGAUUAUUCUCUGCCCGUGGGCCAUUAACCGCGCGCACGAAUCAUGGGGAGCUGACGCGGAUGAUUUCAACCCCGAGCGGUGGAUGGUGCCGGGGCAAGCCAACUCGGGUGGCGCAAAGAACAACUACGCGAAUCUGACGUUCCUUCACGGGCCGCGGAGUUGCAUCGGGCAGAAAUUCUCGCUUGCUGAGCUCAUGGCUCUUACGUGCGCCCUAGUCGGGAGGUACAGGUUUGACAUUGACAAGGACUACGAGGUGAAGGAUCUCACUGAUGGGAUUGUUGCUAAGCCGCGGGAGGGGCUAAAGGUUUCUGUGGAGGAGAUUCAGGGUUGGUAG